UAUUUUCCAUCCUCAUCAGCAUAUAGCACAGUCACUCAUCUUUCUCUUCUUUUUUGCCUUAUUUUUCUUCCUCUCUUUUCAUCAGCUCAAGGAAAACAGCUAUGACCACCAGAGAAAUCCUUAACAAGAUGAAGGUAAAAGUUGGUUUGGGUUCAUCAGACCCUGAUUCAGGGAAAGGCAAGAGCAAGAUGUCGAAGAAUAUAACUCAUGGCUUUCACUUGGUAAAAGGAAAAUCAUACCAUGACAUGGAGGAUUAUGUUGUUGCUCAAUUUAAGCAAGUAGAUAGCAAUGAAUUGGGUUUGUUUGCAAUAUUUGAUGGACACGCAGGUCAUAAUGUACCUAAUUACCUACAGUCUCAUUUGUUUGAUAAUAUCUUAAAAGAGCCUGACUUCUGGAAAGAACCUGCAGAUGCUGUCAAGAGAGCUUACAGUAAAACUGAUUCUAAUAUUUUAGAGAUGUCGGGUGAAUUAGGUAGAGGAGGUUCAACUGCAGUUACAGCCAUAUUAGUCAAUUGUCAGAAGUUAAUAGUAGCCAACAUUGGGGAUUCCAGGGCUGUCUUAUGCAAGAAGGGUGUGGCCAAACAAUUAUCAGUGGAUCAUGAGCCAAACACGGAGCAUGAAGAUAUAAAAAAUAGAGGUGGUUUUGUAUCAAACUUUCCAGGGGAUGUUCCACGGGUUGAUGGACGGCUGGCUGUGUCAAGGGCUUUUGGUGACAAAAGCCUGAAGAAACAUUUGAGUUCAGAGCCAUUUGUGACAGUGGAGAAUAUAAAUGAUGAUGCAGAAUUCAUUAUAUUAGCCAGUGAUGGAUUAUGGAAGGUCAUGUCAAAUCAAGAAGCAGUUAAUUGUAUCAAAAAUAUAAAGGAUGCUCGGUCUUCAGCAAAGCGCCUUACCGAAGAAGCAGUUAACAAGAAAAGCACUGAUGAUAUCUCGUGUAUUGUUGUCAAAUUUCAGUGAUCACAACACUCACAUGACAUACUUUGAUCCAGCAACUUGCAAGUGUAACAUAUACUGCGGUGUAAUGAAUAAAAUGAUAAAUUAUGUUGAGUCCUUCAUGCAAAUUAACAAUGUGGGCAAGAUGUAGAUUCUGUGAUUAUAUAGACCAAACUUUAAUCUGAGAGUUUGCAAGGAGGUUUGGCUUUGUUAGUGAUCUUAAAACCUUACCUAGGCCUGUAAGAUUUUAGAUCAAGUUAUUUGCUUGUAUUACUCCUUUCAUUGUUGUCAUAAUUUGUUGUUAUUUUUCAGAA